AUACAAUGACAAUGUGCAGUAUUCCUAUUGUUGUCUACUAUGGUCCUAGUGCAAUAAACUACCGAGUAACCGUUAAUAACAUGACAACCUCGGCAAGUCUUGGUAGUGGAGGAGCGGAAGACAUGGACUAUGACCGUUUCUCGAGACGAUUGUUCUAUUAUGUGUCAGGCAACUUCUACAGCAUUGAACAAGAUGGUUCAGGUUUAAGAAACAUAGGAGCAGUAGGAAAUGUUGAGAGGUUCACUGUAGACGGACGAAACAAUAUCAUCUAUUACAUCAAUACAUUAACUGACACUAUUUACAAGUUAAAUAUGACAAACUUAGCUGAGACUAAUCUUAAUAUACGUGCCAAGGACAUCGACAUGGACAGCGUAAAUAAGUAAGUUUACUGUUAGUUGCCUUGAACAACUAUCCUGACCCUGCAUGGAUUUGAUUAAUAAUAUGCAUUUUGGUAUUUGCAUUAAGUCAGGUUACAGAUUUAGCAAAUUUUUCAAAUUCAUUCACUUGAUUUAAUAUGUCAAGUCAAACUGAAAUUAUCUUCCGGUAAUGCAACCUUGAUUGUUUAAAUUGUAUAGGACAUUAAUGUGAAUAAUUUUUAUUUCAUCUUUCUCUUCUGUUCAAGAGGUCAUUGCAAAAUUAGUGCUCGGAACAUAUAUAUUUUCACGUUGUAUUUUGUGUUUAAAUUUCCGCAUUGACAUGAGCGUACGGAUUACAUGCGGGCUCGUAUUCGUGUGCGAUUGUUUCUCCACACUCC